AUUGGCCACAGUCUCUUUCAGUCUAUCAUCAAAUACAAAACAGCAAGAAACGAACCCUCUCUUUCUCGCACACCAUUAUCGUCUUCCUCUCCUCUCCCUCUGCAACAACCCCAUAUCUGGGUUGUUUCUUCUUCCUAAAUCCCCCGCCCCCCAUUAAAAUCCCCAUAAACCCUUAAAAAUCAAAUUUGAAAACCCUAAAAAUGAGUUCAACACUUCCUCUUUCUUCAUCCAUAUCCCCACUUCUUAUCUGGAAUUCCACAAACCCAAAUCCAAUCCCUUCUUUUCUUCCCCCCAAAUUUAUCAAUUUACCAGUCGUUUCCUCCUUAAAACGACGUCAUUUUCGGGUUUCUAAGCUCAGAUGCUCCACUAAUCCAAUAUCUCAACCCUCACCCUCACCCACACCCGCACCCGCACAGGAGAUCACAACCACUUCAUCUAGUACUUGCAGCAAUAGUUCUGAUAUAUUUGGGCCUACAAGAGAAUUAUCUGGUAUACAAUCACUGGUUGACGGGUUGUCACCUCCAGUGAGAAUAGCAACCUCUGUACUUCUAGUUGUGGCUGCUUCAGCUGCUGGGUAUUGUUUGGGUUCUCGAUUUGGGGGUACCAGGAAUAUGGCCAUUGGUGGCGCUGUUGCAGUUGGUGUUGUUGGUGGUGUUGCUGCUUACGGGUUGAAUUCUUGUGUACCUGAGGUUGCUGCUACCCGUUUGCAUAAUUUUGUUGCUGAAUGUGAUGACCCUCUUAAUUUGAACAAGGAGGAUGUUAUUGCUAUUGCUAAUCGGUAUGGUGUUAGUAAACAAGAUGAGGCUUUUACUGCUGAGCUUUGUGAUUUGUACCUUAGAUUCAUUUCUUCGGUACUUCCGUCUGGAAAUGAAAAUCUUAAGGGUGAUGAAGUUGAAACAAUCAUUAAAUUCAAAAAUGGACUUGGAAUUGAUGACCCUGAUGCGGCAAACAUGCAUAUAGAGCUUGCCCGUCGUAUUUUCAGACAAAGGCUUGAAACCGGAGAUCGUGAUGGUGACAUUGAACAGCGUCGGGCAUUUCAGAAGCUAAUUUAUGUUUCAACUCGUGUUUUUGGGGAGGCAUCAGCAUUUCUUCUACCCUGGAAGCGUGUAUUUAAAGUAACUGAUUCUCAGGUUGAAGUUGCUGUUCGUGACAGUGCUCAAAGAUUGUAUGCUGAGAGGCUGAAACCAAUAGGCAGAGAUUUGGAUACAAAGCAGCUUAUUGAGUUGAGAGAAACUCAAAUUUCAGUUCAGCUCUCCGACGAGUUGGCCGAGGAGAUGUUUAAAGAGCAUACAAGAAAUCUAGUAGAAGAAUGCAUUUCAAGAGCUGUUGAGAUUCUAAAAUCACGGACGAGAGCACGGGGUACUAUUGAUGUUGUGCUAGAGCUUGAUAAAAUUCUUGCUUUUAACGAUGUGCUUCUCUCACUAAAAAACCAUCCAGAUGCUCAUAAAUUUGCCCGUGGAAUUGCACCAAUUUCCUUAGUAGGAGGUGAGUAUGAUAGUGACAGGAGGAUUGAUGACUUGAAGCUCCUUUUUAGAGCGUAUGUUACAGAUGCUCUAUCUAAUGGCCGCAUGGAGGACAACAAGCUUGCUGCAUUGAACAAGUUGAAGAACAUAUUUGGCCUAGGAAAACGUGAGGCAGAAGGUAUAAUGAUGGAUGUUACUUCGAAGGCGUAUCGCAAGCUACUAUCUCAGGCGUUUUCUAGUGGUGCUCUGGAUGCUGCAGAUAGCAAAGCAAAUUACCUUCAGAAUUUGUGUGACCAGCUGCAUUUCGACCCUGAGAAAGCAAGUGAGAUCCAUGAAGAAAUAUAUCGACAGAAGCUUCAGCAAUGUUUAGCUGAUGGGGAGUUGAGUGAGGAGGAUGUUAAAGCUUUGCUUCGUGUACGAGUUAUGCUCUGUGUUCCUCAAAAGGUUGUUGAAGCAGCACAUGCUGAAAUUUGUGGAAGUUUGUUUGAGAAGGUUGUAAAGGAUGCUAUUGCUUCCGGUGUUGAUGGUUAUGAUGCAGAAGUAAAAGCAUCUGUAAGGAAAGCAGCACAAGGCUUACGUUUGACUAGGGAAGCUGCUAUGUCAAUUGCUGGCAAAGCGGUCCGUCGAAUAUUUAUGAACUUUAUCAAACAAGCAAGGGCAGCAGGGAGUCGCACUGAGUCUGCAAAAAUUCUCAAAAAGAUGAUUGCUUUUAACACCUUAGUGGUCACAGAAUUAGUUGCAGACAUCAAAGGGGAAUCAACUGAUGCUCCAACAGACGAGGAACCUGCAAAAGAGCAAGAGAAGCAGAUCGAAGAUGAGGAAGAAUGGGAGUCGCUCCAGACAUUACGGAAGUCACGACCUACUAAGGAACUCGAGGCGAAAAUCGGGAAACCAGGGCAGACUGAAAUUACCGUCAAAGAUGACCUUUCAGACAGGGAGAGGGCUGACCUGUACAAGACAUACUUAAUGUACUGCAUAACAGGGGAAGUGACCAAGAUACCGUUCGGUGCACAAAUCACCACAAAAAAGGACAAUACAGAGUAUCUCUAUUUGAAUCAGCUUGGCGAUAUACUCGGUCUUUCACGUAAAGAGAUUGUGGAGGUUCAUAGAAGUUUGGCCGAGCAAGCUUUUAGACAGCAGGCCGAGGUCAUUUUGGCCGAUGGACAGUUAACUAAAGCAAGGAUGGAGCAGCUCGAUGAGGUACAGAAGCAAGUUGGGCUGCCUGCAGAAUAUGCUCAAAAGGUUAGAGAGAACAUUAUAAAUUCAAAGAUGGCUGCUGCCAUUGAAACUGCUAUUGGCCAGGGAAGGCUCAGCAUAAAACAAAUCAGAGAACUCAAGGAUGCGGGUGUGAAUAUCGACACCAUGAUUGCGGAGACCCUUCGGGAGAAUCUCUUCAAGAAGACAGUUGAUGAGAUAUUUUCUUCCGGUACCGGAGAGUUUGAUGAGGAGGAAGUCUACGAAAAAAUUCCCGCAGAUGUGAAAAUUAACCCGCAGAAGGCUAAAGCAGUUGUCCAUGAACUUGCUCGAAGCAGAUUAACGAACUCAUUGGUUCAAGCUGUGGCUUUAUUGAGGCAGAAAAACUGUACUGGGGUGAUAUCCACCCUGAAUGAUCUGCUAGCCUGUGAUAAGGCUGUGACUUCCGAGCCGUUGUCAUGGGAAGUGCCCGAGGAACUAGCAGAUCUGUUUGCCAUAUACGUAAAGAGCGACGCAGCACCUGAGAAGGUCUCACGUCUACAGUACCUGCUGGGGAUCAGCGACUCCAUGGCUGCUGCUCUAAAGGAGAGGGCAGACACUGUACCCGUUACUGGUUCUGAAGUCGACGAUUUUGUAUUUUAGAGAAGAAAAGUUGAGCUAUAGUCUAGUGCAGUGGAUAUUGUGUUAGUGAAUACUCAAAUAGGUUUAUCUAUCAAGAAGAUAAUUUAUUUCUGCUGAUUUUGCAUUUCGAGUACGACAAAAGAUUUAAAUGAGAUAGAUGCCUGAGUUUGUAUCUCGUCUUUCCUAUGUUCGGGAGACACCUUUAUAAUUUUUUUUGUAUGGUAAAUAAAUUUUGCUAUUGAAGGUUUUCCAUGUGGUUAUUGAAA